AUGAUACAAGUGCUCACGUUGUUCAUAUGCGCUGUACAAGUCGUCAAUAUAACUGUUCCUGUCCCAACAUAUCGAAGUAGUGUUCACAUUGUACCGUGUCACUUUCCACAAUGGUGUGUGUUUUCGAUUGUUGCAGUGAAAAUGUAUUUUGGUAUCUCGUUGAACGAAAAUGAGAAGAAAACUAACGCUUGUCAUGAUAGAAAACGAAAAAACAGUGAAGACGAGGAUGGUCGAUGGGAGCCAAAAACUUCCGGACGACGCGAUAAAACAGCAUAUAAAUUAUACGAAGCGAAAGCAAUCGCUGAAACUCCCACUAUCACAAUCUAUUCUACAACAAGAAAGGAUCAGCCACUAGAAAACACUACAAAUAUUCUAUCACCGCAAUUUACAUCAUCAGCAACAUCCUUAAGCUCGCCACAACUUCUAGUGUACUCUUCACCUCAGCGCAUCGCAUUGUUACCAGCACCAUGUGUUCCACCAAUCAAACGUUUCGUCUUUCAGUACUAG